AUGGCGUCGAGAUCAUCUCUGUCAGAGGACGACUUUGCCUGUCCCAUCUGCUGUGACAUCUUUAGAGAUCCUGUCAUCCUGCUCUGUAGCCACAGCUUCUGCCGAGGCUGCCUGCAGCAGUACUGGAAACAGAAGGGGACGCGGGAAUGUCCCAUCUGCAGGAGAAGAUCCUCCAGGUCUGUUCCCCCGUCUAACCUGGUUCUGAAGAGACUGUGCGAGGCCCUCCUGGAGGAGAAGAGUCUGGGACUGCUAUCAGGUUCUCCCAAGUCUGAGUCUCCUCUCCGGUUCGCAGUGGGGUCAGAGGAGCUCUGCAGUCUGCACAAAGAGAAACUCAAACUCUUCUGUCUGGACGACGAGCAGCCCGUGUGUGUGGUGUGUCGGGACUCUAAAAAACACACCACACACAGCUUCUGCCCAGCCGACGAAGCAGCACAGGACCUCAAGGAGGAACUCAGGACCAAACUGAAGCCUUUACAGGAGAAGCUGGACCACUUUGAAAAGGUGAAACUCACCUACGAUCAAACAGCAAGACACAUUAAGACUCAGUCCCAGGGCACUGAGAGACAGAUAAUGGAGGAGUUUGAGAAGAUUCACAAGUUUCUACGAGAUGAGGAGGCGGUGAGGAUAGCUGCACUGAGGGAGGAGGAGCUGCAGAAGAGUCAGAUGAUGAAGAAGAAGAUUGAGGAGAUGAACAGAGAGAUAUCGUCUCUCUCAGACACAAUCAGAGCCAUAGAGAGGGAAACAGAGGCUGAAGACGUCACAUUCCUGCAGAACUACAAGGACACAAUGGAAAGAACCAACCACACACUGGUGGAUCCAGAGAUGGUUUCAGGAUCACUGAUCAAUGUGGCAAAACACCUGGGUAACCUGAAGUUCAGAGUCUGGGAGAAGAUGCAGGAGAUUGUUCAAUACACUCCAAUUACACUGGACCCAAACACUGCCCAUCCCACCCUCAUCUUAUCUGAGGAUCUGACCAGUGUACAGUUCAGAGAGAAGGGACUGCAGCUCCCAGACAACCCAGAGAGAUUUGAUUACUGGGAGUUUGUCCUGGGCUCUGAGGGCUUUGAUUCGGGAACACACUGCUGGGAUGUGGAGGUGACUGACAGCAGUCUCUGGGCGCUUGGUGUGACCACAGUGUCUGUGGAGAGGAAAGGAGAGAGCUUGUUUAAAAGUGGAGUGUGGGGGGUGGGUUACUAUAAUGGAGAAUACGGAGCAAGUUCUUCAGUGGAUCCGCCCACUCCCCUCUCAACCAAUCAGAAGCUCCAGAGGAUCAGAGUGCAACUGGAUUGGAACAGAGGAACGGUGUCGUUUUCUGACGCUCUGAGUAACAAACAUCUACACACCUUCACACACUCGUUCAGUGAGAGACUGUUUCCUUAUAUUAGUAAUUACUGUGAGCAGAAUCCACUGAGGAUCCUUCCGGUUAAGGCCAGCGUAACAGUGUAA